UUGUUUAAAAAAUAGUAUUGUGUUAAGAAAAUGUUUUGAUAAUUGGAGUUUAGCACGUAAUGUGGCAAAUGCGUGUUUCAUUGGUCCAAGUGCAACACAUUCUGUUUUCAAAGUUUCCACCCUCUGCCUCUUCUUCUUCCACAAAGUUUAUAUCUCAACGUUGUAACCAACUCGAGAAUCUGAAGAUGAUAAUUAGCAUUCAGACGGCGAUGGAUCUGAUCGUUGCCGGUUUUUCUCUGAUGUUCGGAUUUGGACUCUAUGCUCUCAUCGCCGCUGUCCUCUGCUCCGUCGCUUUCCUCCACCAUGUCAGAUCCGCUCCUCCCAGCGCCUCCGUUUUAAUAUCUAGCCGGAGAUAAUUCUUUUUCAGCAAACCAAAGUCUAACAUGUUGUGCGAAGACAAGAAACUCAUGCAAAGGCUCUCUUGUUCUACUUGUAUGCGAAAUGCAGAACAAAUAUUGUAACUGAAGUCUGAAAUUAAAAGAAAAGAAUUAUAAAAAAAAAUUGUCAACA